AUGGAGUUGAGUCAGGAAUCCAUUCACGAUGUUAUCCACCCUACUGCAGCCUUCUCGGGUCCUCCAUCAACCACCCAGCUGGGCUCGGCAGUUCGGGAUGACCAUGUUGUUGACUGGCAAAACUCAUCGCUGAACCCAAAGAACCGCAUUGACAGCCUCAGCCCACUGGAUCGUCCUCUUUGGCGCAUCGAUGGCUGCACUGCUUUCGGAAGCCAGUUCUAUGCUGUUCCUCUGUUCAUCGACUCGAUGUCUCCUAUUCGAGUGGAUGUUUUUAUUCCUGAGCCCUCGAAGCUGUCAACAGAGCUUCGGCUUGCACUCGAUGUUGAUGUGGCAUUUCACACCACGAGUGCAAUGCGCAUUUCGCGUCUCGGAAUCACUCAGCAUGUGCUCCGCAUCCUGCAACACUGGACAGCUCGGCAGCAGGAGCCUCUGAAAAUCUUCAGUAACAUACCUUUUGGUUCCAGGAUUGUGCUCAGGAACAUGCCCAUGAACGUUGCUGAUGCGGAGGUCACCAUCGCUCCAACUCACUACCUUGAACGUCAACUUCUGUCUGUGGCUUCUCUUGAGAAUGCUUGGGGAAGCGACGUUGAGUUACCGCCGACUGUCGAUCUUGGUGACGUGGUAUACGUCUCACAGCUACACGACAGUGUCUGCCUCGUCAGAAUCGGAGACAAAAUAUGGAUUUUCAAGGCACUUACCAGUUACACCAAGUACCUUUAUCACGAGCUAAGGCAGCUGCUCAUCAUCCCACCACAUCCCAACAUUGUCUCUCGCCCUGUGCACCUUGUUACAAAGAAAUGCAGUUUUGGGAGUAAAGUAGCUGUCGUCGGAUUCACUCUCGAGUACCAUAUCCACGGUAGCCUACGUGAUCUGAUCCCCUUUCUCAAGCUUCACAACAUGGUGUCCCUGGCCGACGAGACAAAAUGGGCUAUACAACUAGCGUCGGCAUUGGUGCAUCUUCGUACAACAUCCAGCAUCUUCUAUCCGGAUCUCAGGUUGGACAACAUCGUUCUUUCAGCUAGUCGAGAUGCUGUUAUGGUUGAUUUUGAGCAGCGUGGGGUCUGGUGUGAGUUCGCCGCUCCUGAAGUCAAUGCUCUGGAGUACGUAAGGCUUCUUGCUAUCGAUGAAGAAAUACCCGCAGAAGUCAGCGAAAAGUAUUCGAAACUCUUGACAGAGAUGCUUCCGGAUUGGGAGGCGAUGGGUGAGAGCGAGGAGUACAAGUGGCCAUGCAAAGGCUAUAAUGUCCCAUGGGCAUGUCUCACGCCAAAAGAGCAGGAGGCAUGCGAGGUGUAUAUGCUUGGUCGUGUAUUGUGGUGCAUCUUUGAAGGGAAUAGCGCUCCCCAAAGAGCCGCAGUCUGGCUUUCAUAUCGAUGGGAACCUCUUGUCGAAUUUCCAGGAUACACCAAGACUCCUGGAGCCAUGCAGAAAUUAAUCGAUCGUUGCACACGCGGAAGGCAGAAUGGCCUUAGUAGGCUGAUUGUGAGGGAGAGGAACCAGCUCGUGCUCCGAGACCUCGAGAAAACAGGGCUCUCCACCCCAGAUGCGGUGCAGCGGACUGCCAAGGAGUGGUGGUCGAGAGAAAUCGAUGCAUCGGAGACGUGGCUCAGGCGAAGGAUCGAAGGUAUGAAGAGAGGUGAUUGGAAGGAGAACUACUACGACCGGCCUAGUCUGAAGGAUGUUCUUGCGGACCUUGAGGCCUUUCGUGAUGAAAGGGGAUUCAAGUUCUGA